AUGACUGUCUUCUGGAUACCUGCUGCGUUCAUCCGCUGGGUUCGACUUAAGAUCUAUCAGUAUGAGGUGACAUUCGCUGUAUAUAUGCUUACCCCUACGGAGAAAUUCAUUUUCAACUCUAUCCUCCUCACCCUCAUCUCUAUGAUCCUUACCGCGGCCUACGUCUACCUGCCCGACCAUCUUCGGACAAUAUACGGCCACCUCUAUUACUACUGGGUCGGUGAGAGACCAAUUGUCUCGUCCGGAAUGGCGGCAUUAAGCACGGCCUUUCGCGAUGGUGGUACCCAGACCAUAGAGAUGAUGUACGAGACGGUCCAGAAUACUGCUGCAACGGCAGCAGCAACGGUACCGGAGUUGUAA